AUGGCUGGGGGCUUCAACUUCUGCAUGCCCAUGGACCAGAUCUCACAGCCUUCUCUGGAUUCAUCAUCAGUACAACAAACUCCCAGCGAAACGCCUUCGCGGCCAAUGUCUUCACACAAGGAAAUCCAGCCUCCGACGACGGGUGAAGAGAACUUUUGGGCUCAAAAAUCAUAUGACGGACAGUUCCAACACUUCCAUGGAGCUGGAGCUGGACAAGACAUGCGAAUGUGCCAGGACUUUCAUACCGAAGAAGCCAUUCCUAUUCUCGACCUGGAGCACCAGGAGGGAUACCAAAAUUCAUACCAGAUGAACUUUGACGACGUCGCCCACUCUCGCAGAAUAUCUGGCUCAUCCUUCACCAUGUCUACUUCUGGUGCCUUGUCAGAUAUGCAGUCUUACGAUGACUUCUCGACAGCUCUCUCCGACGCGCCCUCUUUCUGCUCAGAGUACCCCCCACCAUCCAAUCGCACUUCUUGGAUGUCGUCCACCCAUCUCUCGCCCGUGGCUUCUCCACGCAUGACAGCACAGGGCUGCCGUCCUGAUAUUGCCCGGACUCAGAGCCGUGGACGAGCAUCCCCUUCGCCGCGACCUAGCAUCCGAUCCGCGCCCUACAGCAUUGAGACCCCAAGAAACGCAAAGCGAUGGUCUACAGGAUCCUAUGGCACCAUGUCAACCCGCCGCCCAUCGCCCUUUGUGUACCACCCCGGACAAGAAGCCCAUGGUGCGCACCAGCAGCUUCAGAGCCAGAGGAACAGUAUGCUCCUACCUACUCAACUACCCUCGCAGACUCUUCAGAGUGACGCCCGACCAUACGACGCCCCCGCUCCUCUAAUGUCGCACGGUCUCUUCAGAAUGCUCCAGAGUAACGCUGACGCUCAUUCUCUCCACCGCCGCUUCGCUGAGCUGUCUGAGCCCCCGGACUUGUUCGGUGCUCUCAACGAGGAGCAGGAAGCCCCUCCCGAGGAGGACAUGAACCCCUCCGACCCCGAUCUGACCCCCCGAGAGCAGGACCUGAGAUUCGAGGGCGACCUGUAUACCCCUCGGUGGGUCCGCGGACAUGGCAACAAGCGCGAGGGCUGGUGCGGCAUCUGCAAGCCUGGACGAUGGCUGGUCCUCAAGAACUCGGCCUACUGGUACGACAAGUCCUUCUCUCACGGCAUCAGCGCCGCGACCGGCAGCUCCUUCCAGCAGCCUCUUGAGACGCGGCGCAUGGAUGGAAACCCCGACGUCUGGGAAGGUCUGUGCGGCAGCUGUAACGAGUGGAUUGCUCUCGUGAGCAGCAAGAAGAAGGGAACCACUUGGUUCAGACACGCCUACAAGUGUCACUCCCACGCCAAAGCCAAAGACUCGGCCAAGAGACGACGUGGUAGCAGCAAUAACCGAGGGCUCCCUGCUCCGGCUCUCCAUAAAAUGAACAGGGGCGACCAGGCUGUGACACCGCACCCGACCUCGUCGCCCAUCACAGCCACGCAGAUGCCGGCCACCACCAUGCCCCACGUUUCCUGCCAUCCUCACCACCACCACCAUCACCACCACGCCCUCAUGCCGACCCAGAUGCCGCAGGCUCUGCUCGCGAACGACCCCUACCCCAAUAUGAUUUAA